UUCAUGGGAGCGAGGUGUCUGUCUGUCAGCUCCGGACAGAAAGAGAGGACUGUGGGGAGACCAGGCCAGAAACAGGACCUGAGCAUUUUAACUGAACUAUGCAACUGAGACACACAUUUGAUUUUAAUUAUUAAAAAAAUGAUAUUUUUGAAUUUUUGCAUUUAUUUGUUUAUUUGACAAUAUAUAUACACAAUGGAACAAUUUACCUAAAGCAUGUCGAAAUUACAAAUAAAUUCAUGGCAUAAACAAAUACAUGCUGCUUAAACGCGGUUUAUUUCUGUUCAUCCAGUCUUGCCUCUAUUUUCACUGUUUCGUCACAACAUGGCGACGCGCUCGGACGCCAGGCACAAAAACACCGAAAUCACACAGCGUGCUGAAGUCAUGGAGGACAUCAUUGGGGUCUGUGGUCUAGAAGCCAGAGGACUCGUCGAAGGGAGCAGUUCACCUCCGCAUGUGGAGACCCCGUCCCAGGAUAACGUGGAGGAUUUCAGCGGGCUCGUGAGCAGUGAGGAGGAGAGAGGGGAGACGCCUGGAAGGGAGGACAGUAACCCUGACCCCCUCGAUGGGGAGUCGGACCCUAACGCUGAGAAAACCAAGGACCAUAAUGCAUUUGGCAAAGAGGUUUUGUUGCUGAUGCAGGCGCUUCACACCUUAGCCACUCCAGAAGAAAAACUUGCUGCCCUUUGUAAGAAAUAUGCAGACCUGCUGGAGGAGAGUCGCAGCAUGCAAAAGCAGGUGAAGGUGUUGCAGAAAAAGCAGAACCAGGUGCUGAAAGAGAAGAUCCACCUGCAGAGCGAGCACAGCAAGGCCGUCCUGGCACGCAGCAAACUGGAGAGCCUUUGCAGGGAACUCCAGCGCCAUAACAAGACCCUGAAGGAGGAGAACGCUCAGCGGUUCAGGGAGUAUGAGGAGCGGCGCAAGGAGGCCACGCUGCACUUCCAGAUGACGCUCAAUGAGAUCGAGGUCCAGAUGGAGCAGCACAACUCGCACAACAGCAAGCUGCGGCAGGAGAACAUGGAGCUGGCUGAGAAACUCCAGAAGCUCAUCGAGCAGUACGAGCUCCGCGAGGAGCACAUCGACAAGGUGUUCAAACACAAGGAGCUGCAACAGCAGCUGGUGGACGCUAAACUCCAGAGGACGGCUGAGCUGAUGCGAGAGGUGGAGGAGAAACAGCAAAGAGAGAGAGAGUUUCUUCUGAAGAACGCGACCGAGUCCAGACAUAAAUGUGAGCUGAUGAAGGAGCAGGAGCAUCAGUUAAAGCAGCAGCUCACUCUGUACAUGGACAAGUUCGAGGAGUUUCAGACCACCCUCGCCAAGAGCAACGAGGUCUUCACCACCUUCCGACAGGAGAUGGAGAAAAUGACAAAGAAGAUCAAGAAGCUUGAGAAGGAGACCACACUAUGGAGGACCAAAUGGGAGACCAACAACCAGACUCUACUGCAGAUGGCAGAAGAGAAAACGGUGCGAGACAAGAAUUACAAGGCCCUCCAAGGGAAACUGGAGAGACUGGAGAAGCUUUGCAGGGCCCUGCAGAGAGAACGCAACGACCUGAACCAGAAACUCUGUGACCUUCAGGGGCCAGCCAAAGAUCCUGAGGAAGAAGGUACGGGACCCCCUGACCCUCAGCCGCAGGGGCUCACCCCAGAGAUGGAGAGAGAGGUGGAGGGUUUGGAGCCUGAGACAGAGAAACUCGGGCUUCAGCCUGAGGACGUGGGCUCCACAACAUCCAGACAACUCAUCGGCGACUGAGCCUGGCCUUCCUUUCUUUCUUUUUUUUGUGGAGGUAUAUAUUUUUGUCUAAUAAUUAUCAUAAAAUUUAGUGAGGAAAAAGCAGGACAUUAGUGAAGACGCUAACUGCUCUAUACUUUGGUGGAAAGCACUUUUUACUCCCUGUUUUCUAUAAUAUUGUAUUUUCGUAGGAAAUGGUCAUGUGGUCCCAGACGGCCUCCAUGCAGCUUUGUUUCAUAUGUUUUUCUUUUUUCUCCCCCUUUCUCUGCUCAGCUGUGCUGUGCUUGCACGCUUCUCGUUUCUCUUUAAUAAAAUGUAGCUCUUCGCUCUGACCUCUAGAAUCUGAAUAAAUCAUUUUGGAUGCAGAUAGUGUUUAAUAUUGCUAUUUUAAAAUAACCGUAACUAGUCCACAAGGCAGUCCAGCUGUAGAUGACCAGAUAACCUUGAGACUUGAGAAACAGGGCAUUAAUAACAGUGAAGAUACAUUAACACACUCAGCUACUCCUAGGCACUUUGAGUCCAAGCCAAGACUGGUCCAUGACAAGGAUGCCUCGACUUUAAAGGAAGAUGCAUGUCUUAUAAAUAAGAGAAGGUCAAGACUCCUCACUGCCUGGGACUGGUCUUCAAAUGGGAAUCUGAUUAAGGGCUAGUUUGACUUUGAAAAAGGCUGCUACAUCUCCAACAGUUAUGUGAAAUACUAAGACAGGGUCGAACAGUCUCACACCACUGAAGCUGAACAACUUUCUAUGGGAGGAACUUUUAUGUUAUAUGACAGACGAAGAAAAAGCAUCUUUACCAGCAGGAAAAUGUGUCCCAUGCAUUUAUACAUCGUUAAAAGUUCAUGUCAGCUUCCCAAGCCCUUUUAUUUAAGAGACAGGGUAGUUGUUUUUGUUGGAUCGGGAUUUUCAAGCCACCUAAAGCCAAUCAACCAUUGGAUUACACAACUGAACUUAUCAAACUGUAAAAUCAAUCAGCUUUUUACCAAAAUCAUAUCAUUGACUGACGUCAAUUUCAAAAAACCCUCUUUUUAUUGAUUUUAACAUUUCUUAAUUUACUAAAAAAAAAUUUUUUUAAAAUAAGGACAUAUUGUUUGCUGAAAGGGUGAGAUUUGUUUCAUUGUCCUGAUGCUGCUGUCAAUUAGUCCUGAUGACCGCUGUUGUUUUAAUUGGAUUUGUUUGUGUGUGUGUUUUUAUUUUAUUAUUUUUAUGGUAGUUCACCCUGAAAUAUCAUAAAUUGUCACCCUCAUGUCGGUCCAAAUCUGUAUGUCUUUUUUCUUCUGUGGAGCACAAAAGAAGAUAUAAAGACUAUUUCUACUGUCUGUAUGAAAGCUGGUGGGGUUCAAAACAACAUCGGACCCCAUUGAUUUUCAUAGUUAGGACAAAAAAAAAUAUUCUCUGUCAUACGUUUGGAGCAACAUGAGUACAUGACAGAAUUUUCAGUUUUGAGGUAAACUAUCCAUUUUUAUUUCAUCUAAAAUGUACAAGGUUGCAUUUUCACUCUUUAACUGAACACAAAACUGACUCAAAUUCUAUAUUUUUGAAAGGGGCCUUGAUGUGUUUGAUACUGAAUAUGCUGAAUGUGAGUUACCUCUUUCUUUUUUGGACUUUUUUGUAAUGAACAUGAAUAAAAUGUCUGUAAUUCAAUGAUAAAAUGUUCAGAAGAGCUGGGAACAUU